GGCAGGAUUGUCACCGGCAGGCGGAAGAAGCGACCGCUGCCUCCUCGGAUCCCGGGCUGAGCAAUGGCGGCGGCGGGCCCGGAACCUUCCUGCUGGGACGCCUGUUUCCGGGGGGACGGGAGCGCGCGCCACGCUGCGCUCUAGGGGGCCGAGAGUUAAUGCUUCCCCCGGCAUCAAGCGAGGCUCCCGCUCCUCGCGCCGGGCGCAGAAGGGAGGAGGAUUAUCCAGAAUGUUUGCAUUGACAGAAAAGAACAGAUCCAUUGCUCAGCUAUUACUGAAUACUGGCACUUGCCUGCGAUGCAUUUUCAGAUUCUGCUGUGUGGGGUUACAGGCAUCUUACAGGCAUCCAUACAAGGAUUUGCUUAGAGAGCUGCAUGAAUUCCUGGAGUACAAUAAAGAAAAAGAGGACAAAUUUUGUUGUGAAAUAGCUGACCCCCCGGGUAAGAGAAUCCGACUUGAGAACAUGGGAGAAGGGGCUGAGGAUUUGAAUCAAAAUGGGGCCCUCCAGCAGACCCCUGUGGCAGAUGAUGUAAAUGUUGCUAUGGAGAUCUCUACUCCGAAGGUUUGCAACGUGUGCUUGGGAAUUCUUCAGGAGUUCUGUGAGAUAGAUUUUGUUAAGAAGGUGUGCCAAAAGGUUAAUUCUGCUGAGUACCAGUUUACUAGCUUUGUAUUUUCUGUGUCGCUCCCACCACAGUUGUCUGUUAGAGAGCAUGCUGCCUGGCUGCUGGUAAAAGAAGAAAUGGGAAAACAGGGCCUGUCACUGGCAAAAGAGGACAUUGUUCAGCUGAAAGAAACAUACAAAUGGAUUAUUCAUCCCCUGUUCUCGGAGGAGCUGGGUGUUCCUGCUGAUGGAAAGAGCUUGUUCGAAGUGAGUGUGGUCUUUGCUCACCCGGAAACUGAUGAGGAUUGCCAUUUCCUAGCCACAGUAUGUCCAGACUGUUUCAAGCCAGCAAAGAAUAAACAGUCUGUUUUCACAAGAAUGGCAAUUAUAAAGGCUUUGGACAAGAUAAAAGAAGAGGAUUUCCGUAAACAUUUUCCAUGUCCCCCAAGUUCACCAAAGAAUAUCUGUGCUGCUCUGGAAAUUCAGUGCACUAAUGGUGCAAUUUUUGUGGCUGGAAGGUACAAUAAAUAUUCAAGGAAUUUACCACAAACUCCCUGGAUUAUAGAUGGAGAGCGAAAGCUGGAGUCUUCAGUGGAAGAGCUGAUUUCAGAGCACCUAAUGACAGCGUUUAAAGCAGAUAGUUUUAAUUUUUCAUCCUCGGGAAGAGAAGAUGUGGAUGUGAGAACGCUAGGCAGCGGAAGGCCCUUUGCAAUUGAACUUGUGAAUCCUCAUAGAAUACAUUUUACUGCCAUGGAAAUGAAGGAGCUUCAGCAGAAAAUUAAUAACUCUUCAGACAAAAUAAAAGUUCGAGAUUUACAGCUUGUCACCAGAGAGGCAAUUGGACAUAUGAAAGAAGGUGAGGAGGAAAAGACAAAGACCUACAGUGCCUUAAUAUGGACAGACAAAGCAAUACAGAAGGAAGAUAUUGCACUUCUAGAUGAUAUGAAGGAUAACCAGUUAUUAGCCUAUCGGAGGCAGAUGAUGUGCCAAUUAUCAGACAGCACAAAGUGCUUUUGGAGGUGGAAAUCUCUCUCCCCAAGGACCCUUCAUGCCAUCUCAACAUUGCUAAGGGUAGACGAGCAAAACAGAGGAGCAGGUUAAAGCAGAACUAGCAGCGUUAGCUUCUUGUUCUGUCCAGCUCCAGUCAAAGUCACUUUGGGGACAGUCGCAGCAAAUAAAUCCACAUUCAGAUGGCUGUGCAAAAUCAUGGAAACCAAAGGUCUGACACAAGUAUUUGAAAUGAAGAGACUGCAGUGGUAGAAUAUAGACUGUCCCAAGUGUCAGUCAGUGAGACACGUUGUGUUGAGAUAGGCUGGCUGGUAGACUGCCCAUUUCUAUGUUCAGGUUUUGUAGUGUUGGAACAUUGGCCUAAGAGUCUGAUAGCAAGAGCAUUCUCAAGUAGAGACUACUGUUACUUAGUCUUUACUCCAAAGUUGUGUGUGUUUUGGCUUGAAGUAGUAAAAUGCAUGACGACAAUUGAUGCUCAACAUUUUUUUUAUCACACUAGAAAAAGAUGCUUCCCAAAUCAAUGCCUCUUUUUGUAGAGAAAAGCUCUUUAAAGAAAUGUGAUGAAAUCUUUGGUCGUCUCAGCUCUGCUUUCUAAUUCUUAUUUGUAGAGAGUUGGAUGCAGUUUAGACAAAAGCCUUUAAUUUUUUUUAGAGUGCCCUGAGGCUCUCAUUGAGUUUGUAAAUCCUGGAGUUAUUCCAGCAAGAGACUAUGGAGAUUUCAAGGUUAUUAUGCCUCUGCAUUUGUGGUUCCACUAGCUUGUAUCCGCAUGAGGCCUUCCCAAUAAGACUUUAAAAGAUAGUUGCACCCUUUUUUCUUUGAUAUACUCGGAGGAGGACUUAAAGAAGAAACACUUCUCAGAAGAUCCUUCAACUACCAGAAUAUAUUAUUAAAAAGUAGUCUUAUAUGAAAAGAAAAAGCUAUAUAUGUGUUAAUUUUGUGUGUGCUGUGUUGGACAGUUCUUUGUUUUAAAUUUUC